CAGUCCAGAGUCUGUUGAUCUGUUUAAACAAUUACGCAACUUGUGGUCUUUAAGACAAAGAGAGUGUUACUCAGUUGAUACAAUAUUAGAAACAGACAGAACAGUAAGUAAUGUUGAUUUUUAUAACAGUUUUAAUGCUCAAUGUGUGGGCUAUACCAGCAGAUGAUUUAUUUUUACCAAACAUAAACAUCCUUGAAGAACUGGGGAAAAUAAAGAUCAUGGAAACAAGGAUGGAAUCCUUGGAGAAGGAAAUGGAGCGACUAAGAACAGAGAAUACAGCACAAACAAAAAGGCUGGAGGACACAAAGAUCAAAAUGGAUGAACUAUUAAAAGAAAAUGAAGCACAAGCAAAGGAACUGGAGACCAUGCGUGGUACAACAAAUGAUGUAAAGUACAAAAUGGAUGAUCUAAUAAAACAAAAUGAAGUUUCAAAAGUGGCUUUCUCAGUUUCGCUGUCGUCCUCUAACGGACCUCACAGUAGUUUACACACCCUGAUGUACAAACACAUCUUCCUCAAUACUGGAGAGGCCUAUGAUGCAAACACAGGAAUUUUUACAGCACCCAUGAAAGGAGUGUAUGCAUUCAGGGUUUUCUCUAAGGCCUACGGAAGUCAAGAUAAAGCAGUUGUCGCCGGCCUGUUUAGAAACGGCCAGCAUGAAAUUUCAACAUACGCACGGCAAGACGGUGGUUUUAUCGGCUCUUCAAAUGGAGUUUCUUUGUUGCUGGAAAAGGGAGAUCAAAUAUAUGUAAAUCUCUAUCCUGGAUAUUGGAUUUUUGACAAUGAACACCAUCACAGCACCUUUAGUGGACAUCUGCUUUUCCCCAUGUGAACAGAAAAUACACCAGGUUUACUCAUUAGCAUCUUUGUAUAUCAAGAGUGUAAUCAUACAAAAUGUUCAAUUCACAUUAUUGUUUUUCUGUCUGGAAGACUGUGUGUAAAUGAAUUUGAUAAGUAAUACAUAUCAAGUCAAUUUGAUAUAUAGCAUAACUGAUACCUCAGCUGUAUCACCUUUGUUUAUGGCACCUACAGAAUUAAGCAAUAUGCAUGUAGCUAAGUUAUACAAGAUCUUUCUCUAACACCUUUGGAAAUUAAAAUAGGCCUAUACGGUAUUGUUACUGUAUAUGAUUUUAUUUUUCACAGUAAAUAGCUUAUAUUAUACACUACCAAUCUUGGUAUAUUGAAUUUCAGCAUUGUUGCAGAUUUUUAGCAAUGUUACAUAUUUGACACACACGUGUGUGUCAAUGUGCCAAAUGUAACCCAUUAAAGCAUUUUACUAAAAUA